UUAUCUCCAGAUGGGAAAAUACUGGCGGCUGGUGACCAUACGACAAUCACACUGUGGGAUACCACCACGGGAUCUCUUCAAAGCACAAUCGAGGACAAAGACGAUAUGUUCUUCGGCAUGGCUUUCUCGCCUGACAACACGUUGAUAGCCGCAGCAACUGAUGAAGGGCACGGUCGUAUCUGGAGUACCGAGACUGGGGAGUUGAAGCAGACUGUUACCGUUGACGAUGAACGUACGCUAUCAUUGGCCUUCUCCCCUGAUGGCAAAACAAUCGCCACUGGCUCUGAACUCAUAAGGAUAUGGGAUGUGGAAACUGGAGAGCUGCAGCAUAUACUCACAGGACCGGGCGAUCGCAAAUUAUCAUUCUCUGCCAUCUACUACGGACACGUAUGGCCGUCUGAAAUAUGGCAAGUUCUGUUCUCAUCCGAUGGAAAGAAGCUAGUCUCUGUAUGCCCAGAAGCACACUGUGUGCGGAGCUGGAAUACCGAGACAUGGACGUUGGAGAAGACAAUACUGGGACAGGGAGCAGGCUUCUCUCCUGACGAUACGCAUCUCGCAGUCCAGGUCAAUGACACUACCAUCCAGAUAUACAAAAUCCUCGAUGGCCAACUUCAGCGCACCCUCGAGGACGCUGAAAAAAAGUUCGCCUCAUUCACAUUCGCACCUGACAGCAAAGUCAUUGCCACCUACUCGGGUCGCGAGAUCAUGCUCUGGAAUAUUGAAAGCGGCGAACUCAUCAAAACGCUUGAAGAUCCGGAAAGAAAGGUCUCGGCAUUCUCAUUCUCACCAGAUGGAAAGAUCUUGAUAUCCGGGACGAGAAGAUGUGGCCUCAGAGUUUGGGAUGUC